AGAGGGAAACCUCCCCUCGGGAAGCUGUUGGAAAAUCUGGAUUGCGAAAAAGCUCCCCCCGGAUGGUCCCAGGAUUUGUUUCUGCAAUAAUGAUCCUGCGCUCCGGGUUUUGCCCGAGGACGCGGACACCAUAACAAGGGAGUCCCGCAGAGAAAGAAGAAGAGACGCGACUGCUGAAGAGAAGCAGGCAGCUGACAAAGCCGAGGCUAACGUCGAUCCGCAUAGCGGUGUGAACAAGAUUACUACAAUGAAACUCAAUGAACGUAGUGUGGCACAUUAUGCCACAUGUGACUCUCCAGCAGAUCAUACUGGCUUUCUGUGCAAGCGCAUGGAACGCUACCACCACCACCACCACAUCACCUCUUACCAACGCCGCUGGUUCAUUCUCAAGGGCAACUUGCUGUUCUAUUUUGAAGAGCGGGAGAGCCGUGACCCCCUGGGUCUCAUUGUGUUAGAGGGCUGCACUGUGGAGCUGUGUGAAGCUGCUGAGGAAUUUGCUUUUGCCAUCCGCUUUGAUGGCAGUGGUGGCAAGUCUUAUGUGUUGGUUGCUGACUGUCAAGCUGCCAUGGAGGCUUGGGUGAAGGCACUUUCACGGGCCAGCUUUGAUUAUAUGAGGCUAGUGGUUAAGGAACUAGAGAAACAGCUGGAGGAGGCCCAGAGGAGCUUAGCUGCUAGCCAUAAAUCACCAAAGAAGUUGUCUUCUGGCCGCAAAAGACAUUUAUCAAAUCCCACUAUGAUAUCUAUCCAAGAGCAUCCUGUCAUCUUGGAGAAUGGUUACUCCACAUGGGACAAUAGUUGUACUCUUGCAGAAAUGGCAUAUUCUGACCUCAGUGGCGGAUUCCUGAAGCCCCCACCUUUACCUCCUCGUCGAAAACUGACAGGCAGCACUGUAGGUGGAGCAUUUUUGGCUGGGUUUGCUUCUGCCACACAGGAAAGUCCUGUAUCUCCAGAGACUACCUGCUUCUCAAAAUUGCAUAAUUGGUACGGACAGGAAAUUGCAGAGGUGAGAAGAGAGUGGAUGGAAAGAAAGAAGACAGUAGAAAUAGGAACACAGGAAGAAAAUACAUUUUGCAGGACUGAGAGAAAUUGACAUUAGGUAGGUUUCUGCAGACCUCCGGAGUCACUUGCAGGUUUUUCUCCUAGCCUAUAAAAUCUAGGAAACAUCCAUUAUUGCAUCUUCCAAAAUGGAUUAAAUAAAAGUCUUGUUUACUAUUAUUUAUUGCUACUACACAUUAUUGCCAGGAAUUUUAAGGGAAAAAAACACCAUAUUUCUAAUUACAUACCAUUCGGAAUUCAAGAAGAUAUUUCUAAGAAACUGCUACAUCAGCUCAAAAGAGUGUUCCAGGCCUUUAUUUCAGAAAAGCAACUUCUUGAUGCAAGAGAAGAAUCCGUGGGUCAUUUCCUUCCUUAUGCUCCAUACAAUACUAUUAAUGAUAUUUCAUCUAUAUAUUACAGCUAUUUUGAUAGAUGGUGGGGCAGUAUAGUAGUGAGUUGCCUUGAAUAUUCAUUAGAAAAACAGAACAUACUAUUUAUAUAUCAGAUUUUAAUUAUAUCGGGCACUUCAUAUGCUUUAUAUUUUCAUGAAAUAAGGCCUCAUGCAGAUGAGGACAAAGUUGUGAAUACUUGCUUCCCUAAGACCAUCUCAAGAAUUUAUAGUCAAACUAUAACUUUUAUUCAUGAACUUCCCAGCUCAGACUCUCAAAUGCAACACUGGGUAGCUCUCAUAAAAUAUAAGGACAAUAUAUGAUGCACAUCCAUUCCUUAGGUAUGCCUUUACCUGACCUUCCUUGUGCUUUUUCUAUCUUUUGGAGCUUAAUCUUCAUAUACUAACACACAAAGUAGAAAAAGCACAAGGAGGGUCACAGAAGCAACAUAAUCUGGAUAACAAAGCCAAAUUAUUCAUAGCAGCUGCUCUCAAAUUGUUAAUAUAAUGUGUGAUAGUUUAACUGAUCAUCCUCAGCAUCACUUCUAUACAAUAGGCUGGGCUGUUUGUUGCUUUUGAUAAACAUUUUGUUCUAAAUUCUGCCCAUAAUAUUGCUACAGAUUAAUAGCAAGAAUUCAUCUAAAGCAAUCUUCCAUAAUUUCAUAUGAAUAUGAGUUUAAUUCUUUGGUGUUCAGCAUCCAUAAUCUACCUACCAUUCUGCUGCUUUCUGAUCAUGGGGGCCCAUUCCCAAUGUAAUGGUCCUGCAGAGUUAUGACCUUGAAUUUAACUAAUUAUUGAACCAAUGAAAUAAGAAUUAUUUAUGACCCCACAGAAUAAUCCAGUACUAGUAAUAGCCAUCAGUUAUAAACUUAGUUGAUUGGACAGUUGCAAUAUUCUAAUUAAGAUUAUUUCAGGAACAAAAAGAAUUGAAUGCUCAGUAAGAUAAAGUUGUCAUGAAACAUACUAAUAAAAUUAAAUUAAGGGAAAUGUAUGAAUCACAUUGUAAUUUAUGUAAAUCUGAUUCCAGAAAUGGUUUUUCUUCCAGUAUUUUUGAUCCCAACCAGUAAUAUUAUUAGUAAAAAAAAAAAAAAGACUGCUAAAUUGUGUAUGUUUUAUGGAUUGCAUUUUACCCAAAAUAGGAAAGUACAAUAUUAUUUUAUAAUUAUUUGUAGCUCAAACUUAAUAAUAAUAAUUUUUUAAAGAACUGUUCACUUACUUUAUAGUUUCCAGAAGGGAAGCUGUGUUAGUUUCUUGCAGCAAAGCCAAAGAAGUGUGUUACCUUAGCAACAAAUGUAUUAAUUGCACAGAUUUUCAUGAAUCAUGUUUUAUUUACAAAAAAUAUGAAUUAAUAAAUGUGUUGGUUUUUAAAGUACUGUUUUUACUUUAGAGUUGAAAGAGUUUAUCGAAAUUGUAAACUUCUAAAAGAAGAAUAAAAGAAGAGGCCAAAAGUCUGUGGCCCAUAAGAUGAGAGUUACCACUGCCUCUUGCUGUUGAUUCCCAGCAACUAGCAUUUAGAAAUAGCAUAC